AACAUGAAGUUCUGUCCAGAGUGUGGAACUUCAGUGGAUGAAUCAUAUAAAUUCUGUCCUGAAUGUGGCUUCAAGCUAUUUCUUUUAACUCAAAAGAAGACGCGAGAUACCUCUUCAUCAGAAAAUCAGCCUGCUGUCAGCAAGGAGGAGAACCAAAACAAGGAUCAAGAUCGGGUCGUAGAAGCUGAACAAGAGCACCAAGAUGAAAUAAAGGUGCAGAAAGCUUUUGAUGUCACUGAAUCAGCCACAAAUGACUCUGCCAACACUGUCUUAGAGAACACAAGAGACACAUCAUUAUCACAGAGCCAGGCACCAUCAACCAACAAGGCUGCUGUAGUCACACAGGUUCAAGGAACAUGUACAGAAGGUGAAGGGGUAUUACCAGUGUCUUCUGAGAGAAAUGUUCCACAAUAUGCUGCAGAAUGCAGUUCUGCUGCUCCUGAAUCAUCUGAACAAACACCUCAAAAAGUGUCAAAGCAGUCAACUUCUGAAGAAGAUGGAGAUAAAGUUUCUCAAGAUAACCUGAUUGUGUCUGGGAAACAAGUUGAUUAUGGAAAUGGGUUGAAUGAUGAACACGAAGGCAGCAAGGAGAACCAAGCAGCUCUCUCUGGACGUUACCCAGAUAAGGGUACAACCCAAAACACUGAGAAUUCCUUAAGCAAAUGUUCUGGAACAAAGGAAACAGAAACCUCAACUGAGAAGCAGCGGGUUGACUCCAUUCCAAAUAGAGAUGAUGCUCCAGCAGAAGACCAAUCGGAUCCUGUAGUUACAUCUGAACAAACGGCUAUUGAUGUAAGCCAAGCAAAGGAACCUGCCAAUGUAGAAAAUAAAGAUGUGACAACAGCUCCAGAAAAACAGAAUGUCACUGUGAAGCCAGAAAAUGAGACUCCCAUAAACUACAAUCAAAUAUUUAGUAAUCAAGAUGGUUGCCAACAAAUCCAAGCAGUUGAGACUAACAGCAGGAAGAAUGGGACGCCUGUUGAUUUGUGUCCAGACACAAAAGAAACCCCAAAAUUUGCAGAGGCUGUUGAAGUUCAGUCAAAUAAGAGAAUAAACUCCCAGCUACCAAUAAAACCAAAGCAGAAACAAAACAUCGGAGAGAAAGGUGUCUCAGAGCCGGUACAUCCCAGCUGCCCACCCAGAAAUGAGGACUCGAGUCGUCCAAGGACAGCAAAUAAUGCUGAAAUAUACACUGAAUUACCAAGUUCACCUAACGAGGAAUUUAUACAUGUUGCCUUCCAUGCUGUAACUUCUAAAGAUCCCCACAUAGAUCCAGACAACGACAGGAUUUUCCUUGUGUCUGAAAAACUUUUUGGGGACUGGAAUGCACCGGGUCUAGAAAUGUUAAUUUCUAAGGAGCUGGAGAACAAGCAAUAUCUUGUUCAAGGACAAGGUUGGAUUCGCAAGAACCAAAUUCAUUUGAACAUCCCUUACAAAUACAAAAUAUACAAGCAUGAUAAAAAAGGGUACAAAGAGAUGUAUGAAGUUAUCUACCACAAAGAUGAAUAUGCAUUAAUCAAUAGAUGUCUGUCCAUCAAGGAAGAUCUUUUAAGCCCUGAAGGGUCAUGGCACCAGUAUGAUGAUGUCAUCUACCUUGAACUUAAGCGUUCCUGGUUCGGGAGUUCCCUAAGGGAGAUUGUGGUUAAAGGAAGAGAUCAAGCUGGCAAAGAAAUGCUAAAAAUCAUCUUUCAUCUUCUUACCACAUGGAAUAAGCAAAAUGUGGAGAACUUCUUUUCCCUGCUACAACAGUUCCUUUAUGAAUACAGCUCUCCUUUACUUCAUGAUGGUAACAAGAGGGAAUGGAAUCUGUCAAAUGGUGAAAAUCAGGUGAAAGAAAUACUUGGAGAUUUUCUGGACACACUCAUCACAAAGCCCUUCUUUGAACCCCUACAUGCUGGAGUGGUUGCUUUGCUUGUCAACAACAAAUAUCUAAAGGGCCUCAAAGUGCCUCAGUUGUCUAUUCUAUGUGAUCUCCUUUGCUUGCCCAAAAAGCUAAAGCAUCACUUUACAGAUUUUUGGAGAGAUUUUGGAGAUCCUUUGGUAGACAAAAGCAGACUUGCGAACAUUGUUGAGGACUUUUGUAAUGUUACAAGACAACACACGCCAAAGUGGGUCUUGGUCAUCCCCUUGAUUCAUCUGCUGAAAGGAGAAAGUGAACCAUUUAAACCAGUUCCUCCGGCUUUCAAUCCACAAUCGCAUUCCUGGAAGAGUGCAAAGCAAAGUAAAGGAUCACAGAACUUUACUGGGAGUGGUGAAAAUCUGAGCAAAACCAUGAAAGACCAUGCAUACCUUCUAGACAUUGAUCGACUUCUUGUCCGCACUUGGAUGCCUCUGCUGCAUUUGGAGGAUCUGAUGAGCUUUUUGGUUUAUGCGCCAGUUGAGCUCCUUGACAUCCUUCACCAUUUGCAGAUCAGUAUGAAAUCUGAUAUAAAUCAUUCCAUCUACAUGGCAUUAAAAGAUUUGUUGUCCCAUCUCAUCACAAAGGAAACCAAUCGUAAACAAAGUUUUGAUGAAAAAUAUGGAGCGUGUUGCCUGAGAACCGCUGUAGAACUUCUUGGUUCUGUCUGCCGCUGCAUAAAUAAACCAGUCCACUGUGAUGUUCCUCUUCAGUUCCUUGAGCUAGUCUGUCUGAUCUCCAAGAUAUAUGGUGACACUGAUUCUGAGACAAGAAAAAGAACCCAGGAAGAGUCAAUUGGAGAAACAUUGUGUCUAAUAAGUGAAUGGCGAAGAAACACUUUUAGCAACAGACUGCUUAAUGCAUGGGGCCGGUCGGAGUUUUCUUCCUCCAAAGAAAAAGAUGUGUGGAUAAAGCUACUUUCAAUGUCAUUCACUUAUGAGGAACAAACUUCUUUUUGGAGGAACACGUUCUCCAAAGACUUUGAAGGAAAACUGAAACAGGAGGACUUUGUUCAUCAAAUUGCACUGUACUCUAAAAUGGUGGAAGAACUGAGAGACGAAAAUCCAUUGCUGCGCAUAAUAGAGAAAUGUGCCUUGGAGGCAGUAGCGUAUAUUUGCCAGGAUAAAUCUGGUUCACGAAUGAAAGAACUGUCUAAGAAGCACAAUAUCACAAAGUUUGGAAAACUGAUGUCAGUUGUUGUGCUCAAGUCAUGGCCAGUAGAGGCCAGUGGAGCUUAUUCUGAAGAUGAAGACUUAACAUUUCAGUACCUUUUAGACUGGAACAUGGCAAAAACUGUCUUCCAAAUGGCAGGUGCAGGAGGAGACCUGAUUAGCAAACUGUCAGAGGAAGCACAAGUGAGGAUGACUCUGGGAGCUUCAGUGUUUAAAUCUGUCUCUGAAAAGUUCUUAACUGGGCAGAUUAAAAUGAAAACCUUGAACCAAAUUCUCCAAAAAGAACGAAACUUUCUUGGUUUGCUGAAAAUAGAUGUCCUCUGUGAUGAUGGUCGUUGUAAAGAAGAAUCUACCAUGAAAGAAAUUUUUAAACUAAGGAGAGAGGAAGCAAAAGCAGUUUCCACUGAAAAAGAGUUGAUUAAAGGUCUCCUACAAACCUGUCAGGAGGUACCUGAACAUGUCAAAGUGGACUUCCAGGGGUUGGACAAAAAACUUAAACAGAACUUUGACUCAAUGAAUUUGAAUGACUUCAUGAAAGUUUGCACGCUUGAUAAACGCCGCUCACAGGAAACAAGGAAGGUUACUUACUUCAACCUCUCUGAUACCGUCUAUGAAAUGGCUUCAGAACUACUUGCCAUUAAAGACAGUUUGAUCUUUAAAAUGUGCUGGACCAACCAAGUGAGAGAACUGUCAAGAAAACACUCUGAUGAAGAUGACAGCGAACAAAGCGAAGAAGAAGAAGAAGCAGAAGAAGAAGAAGAAGUAGAAGAAGAAAUAUAUACUCUUGAUCUUGUCCACAGCAAAAUAUUCCAGAGUUGCUACAGCCAGUAUAAAAAGCUUUAUGAAAGCCUUAAGAGUGGAGAACUGCUGCUGGAAGACGUUGACAACAUCUUUGAGGACUACAAAGGAAAAUAUGAAGAUCUGAAAAAAGAUUUAGCUAUAAUGUGCAGGAUUAACACAUCUGAUGACAGAAAAUGGAUCAAAGGAAGAAUUGAACAGAUUAGGCAGUACCAUGAGCAUCAUUUGGUAAUUGACUCUUCCAAAACAAUCAUGGACAUCAGGAAGGCAUUGUGUCCAGAAGGAGAUUUCAGCAUCCUGGAGAAAUUGCUGCAAAUGAAUGAGGUGAACUUCAAGAGAAAUAACUUGAAUUACAUCGAUGAAAACUUUGUCAGUGCAAAAGAUAUUCUGAAAGACAUAACGGAUCAACGCAAGGAGUGCCUUCGAGUGCUCAGUCAAAGUGGAGCAUUUAUUAACUGGGUGAAAAAUGAACUUAAAGAUAUCAAUGAGCUGAAAGUUUUUGUUGACCUGGCUUCUAUUUCUGCUGGAGAAAAUGAUCAAGAUGUGGAUCGAGUGGCAUUUUUUCAUGAUGCCGUUCUUGGUUAUUCAUCUUUGCUGUACGGGUUACAGCCGGACUCCAGCUUUAAGCAUAUCAUGGAUUCACUGCCAACACUGUGGAAAGCUCUUGAAAAUGACAAAGACUUGCCAAAAAAGCUGCGAGAUACAGCUCGUCAUCUGGAAUGGUUAAAGACUGUCAGAGAAACCCAUGGAUCUGUUGAAUUUUCUUCUUUGUCUUUGGCCACGUCCAUAAAUGAGAGAGGAAUAUAUACUAUUAGGGCCCAAAACCAGAAACGGCUUAAUUUGGAGACUUCCCUGACCCUCCAGAUUCAGGACGGACAAGAACAAUGUUUGACACAAACCUAUGAGGAUCUGAAAGAGCUACAAAACAAGCUCAUGCUCAUGUCUGGAAAAAAGCAACAAAAUCAGACUGAAGUGGAAAAAUUCACAGAGGUGUUUGAAAAUGUCCAGAGACUUGCCAAAGCAUUUGUAGAUCUUCAUACUGCAGGCAAUCCUCUCUUCAGAUGCUGGAAUGCAAAGAUCCAUUGCAACAGUCAAAGUGACAAAAGUAUCAACAUGGAAAUCAACUUUUGCGAGACUAUUCCUGUAAACAUUAAUGGAAGUCUGAUGGAACAACUUGUAGCUCUAUCCAGGAAGAUGGAGUCAUUUAUUGGUGAAUGGCAAAAGUUCACAGAGGAAGUUAGAGCUGAACACUACUACUUAAACUUCUUCACGGCAGAACAAAUAUUCUACUUAUGCAGUGUUCUGAGUCCUGUAAAUGUAGAUUUGGAAAUAGAUGAGCAAGCACUUGUGAUGCUCUCUUUCAUCAAACCUAACUGCUCAUCUUCAGAUGUCUGGAAACCAUGGCAAAGGCUCUUCAACCAGUUUGAGUGUGGUGAAUUACAUAACGAAAAAGAUGACAAAUCCUUUGUCUGCGUUAGUCCUUCAUCACAUGAAGAUGCAGAAAAAACUGGAGACCAGACUCCUGGGUUAAGCAAACUGGAAGACUUGUGGAGAGACUACAUCAGGAAUGAGAAAAUGCUUUUCCAUGAUCUUUUGGACAUACGGAGUUUGGGGCAUUUAUUUAAAAUGAUGGCUGACCCAGAAAAUGAAGAUCCAAAUGAAUCAGACGAGCCAGUGCUCUCUGAAACAAGAGAUGAUUCUCUAAGAAGAUGUCUCCCAAAAGGACUCAUCCCAAAGCAACCAAAUCUGCUAAUCUGCCCACAUGACCAGGUUCUGAGUUCAAGUAUCUGUUUGUAUAUGACCAGUGAAUAUGACCCACUACCAAGUUAUGACGAGGUUCUAUUGUGUUCCCCAUCAACAUCCUUUGAGCAAGUAGAGCUUUUCCUGAGGAGAUGUCUCACACCAGGCAACGUUGGCCAGAAGGUUUACACGAUGAUCUGGGCAGAUCAGCUUACAUAUGAUGUCAGCUGUGCAAUGGAGAAAUGUUUUCAGAAACUGAGCGCUCACUUUAAUCGUCACGAUUACAGGCUUGUGAUCUAUUGUAGUUCUGAAAGGGAACACACUUAUAUUCCCACCGCAUUCAGUCAGUUCAAAAAAGACUUUGUACCUCAAGAACCAUUGGAAAAGAUCCAGGAGUAUUUGUCCAGGCAUUUGUCGUCCCCCUUAGAUCUGAAGGACGCGAUGUUUAAAGGUGGCCAUACUGUCGGCAUCGUCUCCUCACAUCGUGCUGGAGUUGGCAAGUCCCUCUAUGUCCAAAGAAUGUAUGAAAAUCUGGAAAGAUACGUUGAAGAAGGAACUGCUUAUAAAAAGUGCAUUCGCCUAACUGAACAUGACAUUGAUGACCACCAAGUUCUCCAGUCUUUGUACGACACUCCGAAGCAAAAAGAUAUUAAGGUUUUUCACCUUGAUGUCACAUCCUCGGUACAAAAAGGCCUGGAUGAAUUCCUUUUCAAGUUGUUCUUUUUACGAUAUUUGAUGGAUUCAGAUGGACAAAUGUGGCACUGUACAGAUAAACACCUGUAUAUCAUGGAGUUAACAGAAACCACAAAUGAUCAGGUCAAAUAUGCCACAAGACUGGGACAAAAGGAAAACUUUGCAUUUCCCAGCAUUUUCCCGAAAGUUUUUUGUCGACCUCCUAAAGAAGUCAUGGCUUUGGAAAAGCAGAAGGAGGAAACAUUUUCUGUUGAAAACGACGACCCGCUUAUGGAUGAUGAGUGCUUCAGGAGUGAAGCUUUUCAGAGACCGUAUCAAUACCUCACACGUUUUCAAAAAAAUGACAAUCUUGAUAACUUCACUUAUAAGGGUGUUGAAGGCACUCAUUCAAAUUGUCUUCAGAUAUUCUUGUUCUAUUGUGGUGUACUGGAUCCGUCAUGGGCAGAGCUUCGCAACUUUGCGUGGUUUCUCAACCUUCAGUUGCAAGACUGUGAAAAUUCAGUGUUCUGCAAUGUUGAGUUUGUUGGAGACACUCUUCAAGGGUUCAAAAACUUUGUGGUGGAGUUUAUGAUCUUGAUGUCCAAGGACUUUGCAACACCAUCACUAUGUAUCACUGAUGAAAGCCAUGGAACAAAACAACCAGACCUGACUGGAGUAAAUGAAAAAGAUUUGGCUCCAUUCCUCAUUCGAAAAAGGUGGGAAUCUGAACCUCAUCCAUACAUCUUUUUUAACGAUGACCACACAUCCAUGACCUUCAUAGGAUUCCAUCUGAAGCCCAAUGACCAGAGAGGAUAUGACGCCAUAAACCCUUCAACAGGAAAAAUAAUUAAGCAAAACAUCAUGACUCGUGAGCUUUACAGGGGACUAACCCAUCAAAGAGUCCCUUUUAAUGUAGAUUUUGAUCAGCUCCCUAGAGGCGACAAGAUUGAGCAUCUGUGCAGUGUGCUUGGGAUAAAAUGGCCAACAGAUCCUGAUGAGACUUAUGAACUGACCACAGACAAUAUCCUCAAAAUGAUGGCAAUUCACAUGAGAUUUAGAUGUGGCAUUCCGGUCAUAAUAAUGGGCGAGACAGGAUGUGGUAAGACAAGACUCAUAAAGUUCAUGUGUGAACUGCGAAGAUGUGGAGCACCAGCAGAGAACAUGAAACUUGUCAAGGUUCAUGGAGGAACAACAUCUAAGAUUAUUCACGAUAAAGUGGUUGAAGCCGAAAUUCUUGCAAAGACAAACAAAGAGAAUCAUGAAUUUGACUCCGUUCUUUUCUUUGAUGAGGCGAACACCACAGAGGCCAUUAGCAGCAUCAAGGAGAUUCUUUGUGACCACUCAGUCCAGGGAAAAAGCCUUGCCUCUGAAACAGGGCUGCAGAUUAUUGCUGCUUGCAACCCAUAUAGAAAACACACAGCUGAAAUGAUUGAGAGGCUCGAGGCAUCAGGGUUGGGGUACAGGGUCCAUGCACAGGAAACACAAGAGAAACUUGGCUCUAUUCCUCUUCGCCAGCUAGUGUAUCGUGUCCAUGUGUUACCACCUAGUUUGAUACCUCUUGUUUGGGACUUUGGGCAACUCAGUGAUUCAGCCGAACAAAUGUAUAUCAAACAAAUAGUGCAGAGGCAGGUAAUGGCCAACUUGAUUGAUGAAUGUCACAUUCCAAUGAUAUCUAACGUAUUGUCAUCAUCACAACAGUUCAUGAGAGAGAAGAAGGAUGAAUGUAGUUUUGUCAGUCUGAGAGAUGUUGAGCGUUGCAUGCAAGUAUUUGUGUGGUUCUACAGGAAUCACUCAAUGUUUGCUAACACUCUGGAAUUAAUGGAGCAAGAAAAUGAAAGGAACGGGAAAAGAGAAGAGCUAAACUUUUCUCCUGCUAGUAACAGAGUGAUAUGGUCACUCUUGAUGGCCACUGGAGUGUGCUAUCAGUCUUGCUUGGAGAGCAAAGAUCAGUACCAGAGAACUAUUAGUCAGCUUCUAGUCAAGUACUCAAGUGAGUACCAACCAAAGAGAAUAAAGCAAGAAAUCCAACUCAUGCAGGAUCUUUUACUAAGUGGGAUACCCUUAGGUGAGACAAUAGCCAGAAAUGAAGCUUUGAAAGAGAACUUCUUCAUGAUGGUAAUCUGUGUUGAGCUAAGAAUACCCUUGUUUAUUGUUGGGAAACCAGGGAGCUCCAAAUCACUAUCUAAAACCCUGGUUGCAGAUGCUAUGCAAGGCCCCACAUCACACUCUGACCUGUUUAAGAGGCUAAAGCAGAUACAUCUGGUGUCCUUCCAGUGCAGUCCCCAUUCAUCUCCAGAAGGAAUCAUCCACACAUUCAAGCAAUGUGCCCGAUUUCAAGAAAGCAAAAACCUGGAUGAGUACAUCUCAGUAGUUGUUCUUGAUGAGAUAGGGUUAGCUGAGGAUUCCCCAAAAAUGCCAUUGAAAACACUGCACCCAUUGUUGGAAGAGGGGUGUGUCGAUGAAAAGCCACAGCCUCAUCAGCGGGUUGGUUUCAUUGGAAUUUCCAACUGGGCACUGGACCCCGCCAAAAUGAAUCGUGGGAUUUUUGUGUCCCGCGGUGAUUUAAGUGAGAAAGAACUUAUCAAAAGUGCGGAAGGAAUCUGUGCAUCUGAUAAAAACAUUCUUGAGAAGAUAAAACAUCUCUUUAAGCCCUUUGCAAAAGCAUAUAUAACAGUAUGCAAAGAGGGCAAAGGCUUUUUUGGUCUACGGGACUUUUACAGUCUAAUAAAAAUGGUGUUUUCUAUCACGAAAAUAUCCAAUGAGUGCCCUACUGCUGAUCAAAUUGCCGGAGCAGUCUUGAGAAACUUCAGCGGAAAAGAUGAUGUUAAGGUGAUCGACAUUUUCUCCGGAGAACUCCAGGAUGACUUUUCCAAUAUCAACACCAGUACUAUUGACAUGGUCAAACAAAGCAUUUUCCCAGCAUGCCAAAUGGAGGAAAACCGGUACCUAUUAAUCCUUACUAAGAACUAUGCAGCACUUCAGAUUCUCCAACAAAUAUUCUUGUCUAAUGAAAUCCAUCCAGAGAUCAUCUUUGGGUCCAGCUUCCCAAAGGACCAGGAGUACAUGCAGAUUUGUCGAAACAUCAAUCGUGUCAAAGUUUGCAUGGAGACCGGACAGACAGUUGUGCUUCUGAACCUACAGAAUCUGUAUGAGAGUCUCUAUGAUGCACUUAACCAAUACUAUGUGACUCUAGGUGGUCAGAAAUAUGUUGAUCUUGGACUGGGAACACAUCGUGUGAAAUGCCGAGUCCAUCCAAAUUUCAAGCUCAUUGUCAUUGAAGAAAAAGAAGUGGUCUACGAGCAGUUUCCAAUCCCACUCAUUAACAGAUUGGAGAAACACUGCCUGGACAUCAACACCAUCCUCACAAAGGGACAGCGAAGCCUUGCUGAGUCACUACAGAUGUGGGUUAACGAUUUCAUCUCAAUAGAACAACAAUCCUUCACAAGCAAGAAGUAUUCUCCAGGAGAUGUUUUCAUUGGUUACCACUCAGACACAUGCUCCUCUGUGGUCCUUCAAGUAACCAAUGAUGAAGAUGUUGAAACAGACCAUCUAGUCACUCUGAAAAGAUCCAAAAUGGUCAUGCUGAACUGUGCAACUCCAGACUCUGUUGUUCGUUUGGACAAAACUCAACUCCCAAAAGAUAAAAGAGACCACUGGAUGAAGGAAUAUGUCAAAGAGGAUAUGCACAGAUCGCUGGGAGACUACAUUGCAUAUCACAUAGAACAGUCUGAAAACUCACAAGUGUCAUUCACUGAGGUGACAACAUUUUCCAGGCUCCUAACUGCAGCAGAUGCUGAACAGCUGCGAUAUAAGAUAAAAUGUGGUGCUGUCAGGUUGCUAUUUCUGCUGCAAUUUGACACGGAGCACUCUUUCCUCAAGGCAAUCAGGACAUUUCUUGGUUCAACACGCAAGGACAAAGUGCUCAUUGUUCAAACAGAGUUUGAUGAUAACUUUCAUAAAAGAAGUAUUCUCUCCUCAGCCAAGUACUCCUGCAUCAAUGAAAUAAACAAAUGCAUCACUACAGAUCACACAAAGACAUUUGUGUACUUUGUCACAAAACUUCCUCGAAUGGAAGGGGGGACCUCCUAUAUAGGAUUUCAAGGCGGUCACUGGAUGUCUGUUCACAUUGAUGAUCUCAGAAGAUCAACGGAGUUUGUUUCUGAUGUCCAUUCCUUGAAAAAUCUGCGUAUUAGUGAUCUCUUUGAUGAGCAACCCGAGGCCAUGCAGAUUGAAGAUCAGUCUGGAAUGCAUCAAAACGACAGCUUUGCUGCUUUGGGAGAUUUUUUUGAUACAACAGAUCUAGUGAAGAGUUGUGUUCAGACUGCCGUGAGCAUGCUUCGAGAUGUUGUUGACUUCGGGGAUCUCAGCACAAGGAGAGUCGAGAACCUGCUAACACUACUGGAAGAAAGUGCAUUUGCGAGCCUUGUGAGGAAACAUCUCUAUUCCUUGUUAAAGGAGUAUGAGGCUAAAAUCCCCAAUCCAAAAAACUGGGUCCUAAAUCAGGCUUCAAAUGUCAGUGCUCUUCAAGAGGGAGGGACAUUUGUACACACGCUGUGGAGAAAAAUCCAAGCAGUUGUGACCCCACUUCUAGCCAACUUGGUCUCAGUCAUUGAUAGAGACUGCAAUUUAGACCUUCUUGUGGAUGAAGGGGAGGACAUCAGGAAGCUAUGGUUUGAGAUUUUUGGCAGCAAAGAAAUGCUGAAUGUGCGUCAUGUAACAGAGAUCAACACACUAAUAAUGCAAAGCCACGUCAUAGGUGGGAACACCAUGCAUUGCCGGAUGCCCUUCAGCUGGUGUAUAAAAGACUUCCUGGAUGAGCUCAUGAUGCAAUCAUUUAGACAUAAAGUGUAUUCAUUUCAGCAUUUCCAUGACUUGUUCUUGAACACACCAUUUGGCAAGUACAUGACUGAAAAUGUGAAUGAAAAAGUGAAGAUGGAUCUUUUUGAAAGGUACCUACAGGACUUUGUUUCCAUGUCUAUAAAAGUGGCACCAGAUGAUGAAUUAAAGCUCUUGUGUCAAGCUCUUAUCAGCUGCAUCGAUGAAGUAAAAAAACAAAAACGAGAUACAGAAAAGCUUACGCUCCUCCACAUCCACUUUGCCUUCUAUUUUUACCGAAGCCGCCUUCAGAACCUCUCACGGAUUAUAUCCCUUCAACCGGAAAUUGUUUCACCUUUGCGAAGAAACCAGCACAGCAGAAACUGCCCUGAAAUGGUUUUGGAUGUACAAGCUGCAAAGGCAUGUGUUGAGUACCUGGAAUCUCAAAGUUUAGAUUCUGAUGCCCUCUGCCAAAACUGGAUGAGACAGGUGAAAAGACUUCAAGUGUCUAUGGAGAUAAUCUUCUCACAACAUAGUCUCCAUCAAUAUGGGGACCGAUGCAAGGAAGAACUGCGUCCUGUCAGUAACGGCUGGAAACGAAUCCACAUCCUCUCGCUCUAUGUGGAGCACAUGCUGCUGGGUUUUAAAAGGGAAGACUUUCAGCUGAAGGAACUGGUCCUAAAUCACAUGAAAACCCUGAGCAGGGUUCUAGAGAGAAACUCUGAUGUAAAAUCUACAAAACCUUUCGAAGCUGUGAUUGAAACCCUAAAGACCUGUAAGCAAGCAGCAGUUAAUCAGCUUUUUAGGUUUGGAGUGCAGUGUUUUGUGUGCUUGAACGAGCCCAAGGAGCCUGUGGAUUUGCCUUGUCAUCACAUGUUUUGCUUGACAUGCAUACAAGAAAGUCUGGACACUGGACUGACAUCCUGUCCCACCUGCAGGCAAAUGUUACCAAAUGGCUUUCAGCUUUGUGUUUCUGAAGACAUGCGAGGUUCUUUAAAGAAAAAUGGAGAUUUCAGACGACGCUGCAACGGUUUCUUCAUUGAUCUGCUUUCUGCUGUGUGUUUCAAAGACAACAAACCACCAAGCAAAGAAGUAAUAACACAUCUGUUGUCUUACCUGAGGAUUGAGACAGAACAUAAAGAGGCCCAGACCAAAAACUUAUCACCUUUUGAUGAGUCACCUGAUAAAAGCCCCGUUGUGCGAUCUGUAAUCCUCAAACUACUGCUGAAGUUCAGCUUUGAUGAAGUCCAGGAAUAUUUGCAGCAGCAUUUAUCAACAGUUGAAGACAGCAGAUUUUUGGAUGAAGGCGAUAAAUCAGAGCUAUAUGCCUUAUAUAUCAACUGUUUAGAGGACGCUAUGUGGGAGAAAAUGGCUCUGGAGAGCAACAAGGCUGAAGAACUACCACCUUACAAGGAGGAAAUGGAAUUUCUCCACUUCUGUUUGAGGGAAGCAGCUUCCAUUUCUGAGACAGUGUCUAUUCAACAUCUGCAGUACGUCGCUCAUUUGCGCCUGAUAUUAACGAUGGCUGGCCAGUUAAUCAGCGACAAACUCUCUGGCAAAAUGGCCUCAGAUGUAGACAAUGAUUUCCUGAACAUGGUGAUAAAGCUCUGUGAGGAAACUGGCAACGACUGGUACCGUGUUUACCUGAUUCGUAAGAUCAGCGAGUGCCAAGGUGUGGAGCUUGUCCAGUCCUUGGCAAAACAAGCAGAUUUCUGCUGGCUUUUUCCAGAAGAGAUCAAGAAGCAGAAUGAAGAUGGAGGCCUGAUGGACCAGUUUCUGGUGUAUGGUGAAGAGUACAAAACAGUCAGGGAUGCAGCUGCUAAGGCCUUAAUGGAUGGGGAAGUUGAGCAGAUAGAAGAAGUAUUGGAGGAAUGCAGAGCAGCAAAAAGAAAUCGAACAGUGUUUAUCCUUCUGGCUCUCUUCCGAGAGGUCACAACUCUUUACAGAUCUCCAAAUACAGGCCUUCAUCCCACAGCUGAGAAAUGUGAAGCAUUUGGUGAGUUCAUCCAGGGCUCAAGUUUUUUGUUUGACAAAGAAAUGAGAACCUUUGCGUCCGACUUGAUCAGCAACACACUGGGAGCGCUCUCCAUCCAGUCCAGCCACACUCCAGCAGACAAUGUUGUCAUUGAGCUGGCAAUUCAUCUGGCCGUCAUUCUGCUCACCACAAACAAUGCUUUGCUCUUGCCACUCAAGCAGCUUGCUUUUCUUCCUGACAGUAUGCAGGGCUCUUUUAUACCCACAAUGCCUGAUGAUAUGAUAGCUGUUGCUCAAGCAGCAAUACAUCAAGAUUAUGGUCAUCUCACCUGGUAUGUGUGUAGAAACAAUCACCCAUGCUUUGUUGAUGAGUGUGGCCUCCCUAUGGAGAUAGGAAAAUGUCUGGAGUGUGGCGAGGAGGUUGGAGGGGAAAAUCACGCUGCUUUGCAAGGAUUCACACCAGUUAGUCCACAGCAGGAUUGCACAAGACCUGGCCAUAUCCUUGGAGACCCUGAGAGGAGAAGCAACCCGGAUGCCCUUGACACUAAAAACAUGUCUCUGACUCCAUUCACGCUGGUCAGGCUGGUUACACAUUUGGCCAUGUUGCUCGGCGCCUCAAAGAACUGUGAGUCAAUCCAGAAGAUCAUUCAACCACCUGUGGAAGAUGUUUAUUUAUUUCUUGCUCAACACAUAAGGGAGGAUCUCAGUCAGUUGACACAGGCCCUGGCAAAAAGAGCGGAUGAUGCUGUUACCACUGCACACUUGAUUCUCAGAUGCCUGCAAGAAGCAGGACAGGACAAUCACUGUAACAUUGACGCCAACCUUUCCACAAAAGCAGCCAGAAACACCUGGGAGACAGCUGUAGCUACAGACAUCAUUACACCUAAACUCAAGAUUGUUGAUCAACUUCUCCAAGAAGCAAAGGGCUGCAUUACAGAUGACUCCCGUGUAGCUUCCAAUUUUAUCCUGAGGAUCACUUUUGGCGAUGACUGUAAUUUCCUCACAUCACUGCAGCAGACAUCUGAGGUCCACAGUUCAGCGGUGUGGAGCUGCAGGGAUAGGCUGUCAUUGCUCAGCCUUACACAUAUCAUAGAGUUCAACGAACAAAAAGAGGAGCUGCCGCUGCUCUGGAGGUUCCUGCAGAAGGAGAAAGAAUAUCGUCAGAUUAAGUUCCUAUCAGAUAUUGUCAAGUUGCAGAACUAUUUGGUGAAAAAGUACCAGAACUCUGCUGAACAGGUCACCGGCUCCAUUUCUGAAUUCCUAAUGAGUCAAAAAGAGAUGAGGUAUGAAAAACACAUUAAGAUAUUCCUGAAAACCUGGAACCUGCUAAGAGUCCAAGUAACAACAAAUGAGCUAAAAAUCCCAGAGGAAUUUUGCAGUAACGAUUUGGACAUGAACAGUGAACUGCAGUACCUCCUGCCCCGGCGCCAGGGUCCAGGCCUGUGCGCCACAGGGCUGGUUAGCUACCUGGUGACACUGCAGAAUGAGCUGGUGAACGCUGCCGACCGUCACACUGGAGAAGACAGCAGUUACAAGGUCGCUAUUGGGGAUCUAAUGGAGCAGCAUGUGAUCUGCUAUGAUGUGGAGAAGGACCUGCUGCCUCUGGUUUUGUCUAACUGCCAGUACAGCUUGGAACGUGGCAAAGAGACGAUAUCAGAAUAUGACCUGCCACGCAUCCAGCAGCAGAUCCUCACACACUUCCUACAGGGAAAACCUCACAUCUCCCUCACUGGAAUCCCCACUUUGAUCAACACAAUAGAGAAAGACUCUGAAUCUGUUUUCAAAACUAUUAAAGGAAAAGUUCCCCAGGUCUCACUUAAUGCUCUGAUUCGGAACGGUGUGUCCAGAGAGCUCGACUCAUACAGUGAGGUGUGUGAAGCGCUUAAGAUUGUUGAGCUGCUCCUGGGAUUCCUGGCAAAGACUGGUGGUGAUCCCAACAUGAAGCUGGGCACCUACCUCAAGGACGUGUUAAAAAUGGACAUCGAAGAACACAUACUGAAGGCUCUGAACAAAUGCAGCCUCAAACAUUGUGUCUCCCUGUGGCAACUUCUCUCCUCCCUCAAAUCUGAAAACAUGUUGCAUCUUAAAAUGGGUCCAUUUUCAAAGUAUGCAGCUGAGUACCAGGACCCACUGAGUGAAGAAAACAAGACUGAGCUGAAAGGCUUCAUGUCCCCCGCCAACGCUGCCCAGUGGCUGCUGGAGAUGCACGAGUUCAUCCUGCUGGUUCUGGGCCGCCCAUAUGCAACAGAUCGAUACAAGCCUUUCUGGAGUGUUAAAGAAGCAAUGAUGCUCUACAUGGAUCACAAAGAAGUGGAGGUUCCUGUUUAUGUGGAGGAAAACUUCCCUGAAAAUCUGCUGCUUUCCCAGAUUUUGGAAGCUUGGAAAUAUGUUGUCACAUCCAAACAAGAGUGGAUGAAUGAGGGAUGAAUGGGAUGAGUCGACUGUUGAAAUCAUCAUUUAUCACUUUAUUCCUAAUCAAGUAUUUUACAAAAGAAUAGAGUUUUUGUUGUUUUUUUAGAUAUCUUUGGGGUCUUGGUAUUGCAUGACAGGCAUUAUAACAGUGAUUUUAUCUGUAAACUGAUCAUGAACCAAAUGAUCUGAGAAGCUGGUGGUCAAUAUUUUAAUUCUUAAAAAAAGAUUUUGUAGAUGCCUUUUGAUAGUGGGUUUAAAGCAGGCUUUUGAGGGAAUAAAAACAUCUAUUUUAUCAUAUCUGUGAUUUUUUGUCUUAUAAAAUAUUGAUAGUUCUAACAAUCUAAUCUAAUCAGUUCUGGAUGAUCCAUUUAUUAUUUUUUAUUAACAAAGCACACACAAAGGCUUC